CAGGAAACCGGGUUAGUGCAAGCAGGAAAUCGGGUUAGUGCAAGCAGGAAAUCGGGUUAGUGUAAGAAUCGUUAUGACGCCGUUGAAUUAUUUUUAAGUUUCUCGUCUCGAAGAUUUCGGAAUGGCAAUAGCAAGAAAUUUAGAGAAUGUCUUUAGGGUUAUUCCAAACGUAAUCAAAAGCCAACCAAUUAGAUGGACAUCAGUGGCCAGUAGUGCCAACAAAGAUGAGGUGAAACCAUUUGAAGAGAUCCCAGGUCCUAAAGGACUUUACAAUGUGCCCUUCAUCGGAUCAGUCUUUCACUUCAAUCCGUUCGGAAACUUUACACCGCAAACGUUACAUAAGCUCAUUGACAGCUUACACGAAAAGUAUGGGCCUGUGGUUCGAGUCCAGCUUGGAAGGAAAUGUGUCUUGUUGGAGGAUAUAAAAGACAUUGAGACGGUCUUCAGAAAUGAUGGCAACUAUCCCAUGAAACCUGGGCUGGAUAUUUUUACAAUUGUUUAUGAAAGAAAUGGAUUCAAAAAAGCUCUAAACCAAGUUCAUGGAGAAGAAUGGUAUGCCCUUAGGACGCCGGCUAACAAAAAACUAAUGAAAGCUGACUCGGCCUAUCAUUACCUGGUCCCACAGAACGCCGUAGCUGAUGAUUUUGUCAACAUUUUGGCCACACAAAAUUUAACACCGGAGGAAAUGAAAGAUCUUUUUUUUCGCUAUACUUCUGAGAGUAUAGCCUUGGUGACAUUUAACACUAGACUGGGGUUCCUGGAUUACUCUGCAGAUCAAGAAGCAUCAGAGUUUCUUGAAGCCACUAAAAGAUUUUUCGACAUCAUCGCUGCUACUCUCAGCGGAAAAAAUGUCUCAUAUAAAUGGUACAAAAGCAAGGUCUAUCUUGAUAUGGAGAAAGCUAUUUUUGCCAUUCGAAAAAAUUCUCAAAAACAUGCUUUAAAAGCACGAGAAAUAAUUGAACAACAAAAGAAAGAUGGAACGUUAAACCCAGAAGAACCAAACUUACUUCUAUCCCUUGUAUCAGAAAAAGGACUACAAGAUGAAGACGUCAGUAAUUUACUGGACUCACUUUAUAUGGCUGGUACUGACUCUACAGCAAAGAACCUGCAAGUUUUCUUCUACAACUUGGCUAAAAACCCAGACAAACAGGAAAUUCUUAGAAAAGAAAUUCUGGAAGCUGUUGGAGAAUCCGGUGUUGUGGAUGUUAAAGCCCUGUCAAAGAUGUCUUACUUAAAAUACUGUCUUAAGGAAUCUUUCAGACUGAACUACCCAACCGUGGUGGGUGUUUCGAGAAUUCUGACCAAAGAUAUCGUUGCUAGCGGCUACAACAUUCCCGCUGGGACGGUAGUGAUACUCGGCAACCAAAGAGCCUCCAAAAAAUGCUUUGAAGACCCAGACAAGUUUAUCCCAGAGAGAUGGAUGAGAGCAGACGAUGGUCGUAAACAGGACAACACAAACAGCAUGGCGGUUUUACCGUUUGGUCACGGACCGCGUAACUGCAUUGGCAGACGUUUUGCUGUUCAGGAAAUUUAUCUGGCCACAUCUAAAGUUCUCCAGAAGCUGAAGAUAGAAGUAGAACCGGAAUCCUGGAAUACAGACUUUAUCUACACGACAUUCGUUGACACGGAGAAACCAAUCAGAUUUAAGUUUACAAAGAUUGAGUAGGUUGGAUUGUGCAAAAGCAUAAUUUACUUAAACCUUAAGGUUUUAGAAAAUUAUUGUUUUUGAAAUUGAAAAAAAAGAAAAUAGUUAGUCUUAGGCGCUUGUUGUUGCUAAUUUUUAAACACAAAUU